AUGAGUAAUGGUGACAAAGCGCAAGUUGAUAGCAUGAAGCAGUUUGGGAUACCAACGUCGAAGAUAAUGGCUUACAUGGCUGGUCAAUCUGGAGGGUAUGGAAUGCUGCGAUUUACAAAGCGUGAUUUUUAUAAUUACGUACAUGGGCAAAGGCUUGCCCGAAUCAGUGAUGGCGAUGCUGCCGCAACGAUCAGUUACUUGGAGAGCAAGGCCAAUGCCGACAUGAUGACAAUCGCGCGUUACACCCGAACUGCCGAUAAUCGGCUGGGGAGCCUUUUCUGGGCCGAUGGUGAGAUGAUGUCAGACUAUCAGAUAUUUGGUGAUGUUCUGGCUUUUGAUUCGACGUAUCGGUCUAAUAAGUACAAGAAACCGCUUGUAGUGUUCUCAGGGUCAAAUCACCACAAACAGACAACCAUUUUUGGAUUUGCUCUAUUGGAAGAUGAGGAAAUUCGUAGUUAUUGGUGGCUGCUGUUAAUUCUUGUUGACGUAAUGAGAGAGAAAACGCCAUGUGUCAUUGUCACAGAUGGGGAUAAAGCGAUGCGCGCAGCCAUUGCGGAGGUGUUCCCGGCAGCUAGGCACCAGGUGUGUGGAUGGCACCUAGAGAAAAACUAUGUGCAGAGGGUUAAGGAUACUGAAUUCCGAAAGGUCUUUAAGAAGGCUAUCUAUGCAAACUUCGAGGUGGAGGACUUUGAGGAAUAUUGGAAGAUGGUGGUGGAGUCACUGGGCCUACAAAAUAAUAGUUGGGUCCAAAGCACAUACGCAGUCAAAGAAAGUUGGGCAACAACAUAUCUCCGAGGCACGUUCUGUGCGGGAUACAAGACAACCUCCAUAUGUGAGGGGAUUAAUGCAUAUAUAAAGGUUUUCCUGAAAUCCACUGAUAGCAUUUUGGAGCUGGUGCACAGCUUUGAUCACGUUGUAAAUGAUUAUCGAAACAAUGAAGUCACGACGCAGUUCUAUUCUACGUACUAUAUCUCCGUGUUAAAUACCGGGCUUGACUCUAUUGAGCUUUUUGCAUCAAAACUGUAUACACGGACAGUUUUUAGAGAGGUGAAGAAACAAAUUAAGGAUGUUGCGACCUUGCUAUUUCAUGGGAGAGACAUCAUUAGCACAACGGUUGUCUACAAAUUUUCAAGGAUGGGUGCUCCUGGUAGGAUACACAAGGUUUUGUUCGACCCGGAUGACAAGAAAAUUGUGUGCGACUGUUCGAUGUGGAAUAGCGAGGGUAUUCCAUGUCGUCACAUAUUCUGCGUGAUGAAAUACGAGGGUUUGGAACAAAUACCAGACAGUCUUAUAAGGAGAAAAUGGUGCAAGGAUGCAAAGGAUUCCAGACGGAUGCCGGUUACUAGGAUACACGAACAUGAGGGUCGCAUGCUUAGGUAUGGUGCACUUUGUCCGGCCAUAAGAUUUGUCGCGAAACUUGGUUCGAGGAGGCUAAAGACUUUGAACUCGCUAGGGAAAGCAUCACGAGUCUCAUAG